AUGCAAGUCGACACCGACUCCCUUCCCGCCUCCUUCUCCGUCCCUCCCGCCGCUCAACACGGCCCGUCAACACCCACUGCUCUCGGUCCCUCAUCCUCCGCACCAGAAGACCAAGCCCCUCUCGUAACCCUAGUCCACAGAGCCUCGGUGCAAGCCGUACACCGACUGUAUUCGAAAGCCUUGACGGAACAACAGAAUGCGGGGAGGUAUGGAGCGUUGGCGAUGGGCGUGCAUGGGCAUACGUACGAGUUUGAAGUCAAGUUUCGAGGGCCGUUGUGUAAGGCGACCGGCCAAGUCUACGGCAACGGUCUGCUCGAGGACAUCAUGCACAUGGCGAUCCACGAAGUCCUCUCAUUCAAACACCUCGACAACGACCUCUCCUUCUUCCUCUCGCGUCCCUCGACACUCGAAAACGUCUGCCUGUUCGUCUGGAGGAACAUCAACGUCAUCAUGGCGCCGCAUCCGUACGAUGUUUGUGAGGUCAGUGUAGAGAGCGAACCGUGUCCGAAGGUUGGGGGCAGGGGGAUGAGCAAGUCCAGGGUGACGUUCUCCGGCGAGAUGAUCGGCAUCCCCUCUAUCCCAGCAUGA